GUGUCUGCAUGUUAUGAAAACCAUUUCAUAACCUACGUAUAUUUUUAUUUUCUUACAGACAGCAAUAAUAUGUGCAAUUAUUUGAAAAAUAAUUUUCUAUGAUAAAAAAAAAGUUAAAAAAUAAAUUUUGAUGAAUGUUGAUACAUUAAAAAUGUUUAGUUGGCAGUUUACAAUUCCCUCUUCAUGUUUCGUAACAUUGUUGUAAAAGAAAAAGUGGAGCUUUCGAAAUUAUCAGAAAUUAGCGUGCAUUGGAAUAACAACAAUUUAACGGAGCAGACAUCUCCAGAGGUUCAAGUUUGAAGUAAAUAAAAUACUGCAAUACAAUGGCUUUCUUUAAAAAAUAUAAUUAUUCUACAAUUUGGGGUAAUGCUUUGAAUUAUCUAAAAGCUCAACUAGGACUCCAGCAAGUAACAAAAAAAUUAUAUCAAGUGGAAAAACUUGAUAUACCAAAACCACAGUUAAAGUUCAAAGAGAAAGUUGACAACAGUGAAACUAUUUGGAAACCUACUUUAAUGUAUAAACCUAAUUCAAUGCAACCUCUUGAUUUACAGCUUGAAUUGAAAUCUGAUGGGACUUAUGAAUAUUGUCAUCCUUAUAAAUAUGAAUUAGAGAAUUUUCAUCCACCUUCAUGGCAACUUAAAAAAAAAUUGACUAAAAGAUUUCAGCCAUUAGAAGAUACACCAUUAUACUUCAUUGACAAAGAAGAUAAGCUUCAUGAUAUGUUGGAAAAUUUAAAAACUUGCAGUGAAAUUGCUGUAGACUUGGAAAAUCAUUCGCCAAGAAGUUUCCAAGGAAUAACAUGUCUCAUACAAAUAUCCACUAGAGAUACUGAUUAUAUUAUAGAUACUUUGAGCUUACGUUCAGAAUUACAUGUUUUAAAUGAUAUUUUCACAAAACCAACUAUACUCAAGGUCUUUCAUUCUGCCGAAAUGGACAUUAUUUGGUUACAAAGAGAUUUUUCAUUGUACGUUGUAAAUAUGUUUGAUACUCAAAAAGCUGCUAAAAAGUUAGAAUUUCCCUUAAGUUUAUCAUAUCUAUUAACAACAUGUUGUCAGUUAAACAUUGAUAAGAAUUCAAAAAAAAACUUUCAAAUGUCUGAUUGGAGAAAAAGACCGUUAACAAAAAGUUUAUUGAAGUAUGCUCGCGAGGAUACACAUUAUUUGCUAUACAUAAAGGAUGUAUUGACAAAUGCUCUAAUUGAGAACAAUAAAGAAGAUUUACAAUCUCUGUUAAAUGUUUACAAGGAAAGUACGGAAGUAUGUAAAAAAGUGUAUGCAAAACCAGUUAAUAGUGAAUUCAGUUUUCUUCAUGUGCUUAGACGAAAAAGAAAAAAUUUUAACAAUAGGCAAUUAUUUGCACUUAAAGAAUUGUACAAAUUAAGAUUUGAAGUUGCUAGAAGAGAUGAUGAAAGUGAAAAUCAUGUUUUGUCUAAUUCAAUAUUAAUACAUAUUGCAGAAAAAUUACCAAUCAGUGAUGAGGAAAUUCUAAAUUACAAUGAAAACUUUUUAAGUGAAAACAUUACAGAAAUAAAAAAAAUUAAUGAACAAGCAAGAAAGCUACCACAUGCACCUUGUUUGGAAGAUAUUAAAAAUGUACAUAAUAAAGACUGUAUAGAUAAAAUUCUUUAGCACUUAAGUGUUUUUAUAAAAUAUUUGUUCGUAAUAUUGUAUUAAAUAUGUAAAUAUGAAAAGAAAAUUGUAAAUGUGAUAGAAUAAUUCUUGAGUCUAUAGUAAAAAUUUUACUUUAGUGUUAUGUACAAUUGUAUUAAAUAAAAAACUGUUACAGUGAUCAUUUUCAACAUUUGAAAUAUUCACUUCCAUUAGAAAUUUUAAUUAACAAACAUAGAAUGUAAAAUCGCUGCAAGUCAUUCGUAAAACUAUAAAAUUUUAUAAAAUUUACUUAUUGAAAUAGCACUUAGUUUCCUCGUAUUAAAAAAUGUGUACAUCAAGGUGCAAUUUCUAUGAAAUUAUUUGGUAUAUGCAAGUUACCAAAAUGCUCGUCAUGCGUGAUUUUUAAAAAUAAAAUAAAAAUUUUUAAUUACAAUCUUCAAUCUUUUUUUCUACCUUUUGAAGC